AUGGAGGCGCCGAGCAGCGGCUCUACGGGCGCCCCCCGCCACGAAGCUGCCCCCAGCCACGGGCACCCUGUCGGCAUCGGAGUGAGACGACGCUCGCCUGGCAUGGAUCCGGAUCCUCAAGGAAUCCUCAGGGUGGGUGGAAGGCUCAAGCAUUCCCUCCUGGCCUACGACGAGCGACAUCCGGUGAUCCUGCCAGGCUCGUCGCACCUCACGCGGCUCAUCAUCGAGGCCUGUCACCGGCGAACACUGCACGGCGGCGUGCAGCUCACCCUCGGGUCCAUCCGACAGCAGUAUUGGAUACCCCGAGGGCGACAGCUCGUCAAGGAGGUAAUCCGAUGGUGCGUCACCUGCAUCCGAUGGCGGGCGGCCUCGCAGCAGCAGAUCAUGGGAGAUCUGCCACGUCUCCGAGUCACGCCGGCGAGGCCGUUCCUAAGCACCGGCGUCGACUACGCCGGUCCCAUACAGCUGCGCACAACGAAGGGGCGCGGACAUCGCGUAUACAAGGCCUUCAUCGCGGUCUUCGUGUGCCUCAGCACGAAGGCCGUACAUUUGGAGGUCGUGUCCGACUAA